CAUUGGCGCUGGGGCCGGGCGGGGGCGCAGCCGGGCGGCGGUUCCGAGUCGGGCGCGCGGGCCGGGUCCUCACUGCCUGCUGCGCCCCGGGGAGCCGGCACCCUCGGCCUGCUCGCCAUGGACGACGCCGCCUCCCCCACCACCAAGGGCUCCCUGCGGAAGUUCCUGGAGAACCUCUCCGGCGCCGGCAAGGCCAUCGGCGUGCUGACCAGCGGCGGGGAUGCCCAAGGUAUGAACGCCGCCGUCCGCGCCGUGGUGCGCAUGGGAAUAUACGUGGGGGCCAAGGUGUACUUCAUAUACGAGGGCUACCAAGGCAUGGUCGACGGCGGCACGAAUAUCGUGGAAGCCAACUGGGAAAGUGUCUCCAGCAUCCUGCAAGUGGGCGGCACGAUCAUCGGCAGCGCGCGCUGCAGUGACUUCCGCAGCCGUGAGGGCCGCCUGAAGGCCGCCUGCAACCUGAUCCGGCUGGGCAUCACCAACCUGUGCGUGAUCGGGGGCGACGGCAGCCUCACCGGCGCCAACAUCUUCCGGAAGGAGUGGAGCGGCCUGCUGGAGGAGCUGGCCAAGAACGGCCAGAUCGACCAGGACGCUGUGCAGAAGUACGCCUACCUCAACGUGGUGGGCAUGGUGGGCUCCAUCGACAACGACUUCUGCGGCACCGACAUGACCAUCGGCACCGACUCGGCCCUGCACAGGAUCAUCGAGGUGGUGGACGCCAUCAUGACGACCGCCCAGAGCCACCAGAGGACCUUCGUUCUCGAGGUCAUGGGCAGACACUGUGGGUACUUGGCCCUGGUGAGCGCCUUGGCCUGCGGCGCGGACUGGGUGUUCCUUCCGGAAUCCCCGCCAGAGGAGCACUGGGAGGAACACCUGUGCGUCAAACUCUCAGAGAACCGUGCCCGGAAAAAAAGGCUCAAUAUCAUCAUUGUGGCUGAAGGAGCAAUUGACAUGAAGAACAAGCCCAUCACCUCUGAGGAGGUCAAGCAGCUCGUCGUUGGGCAGCUGGGCUACGACACGCGCGUGACCAUCCUCGGACACGUGCAGAGAGGAGGGACACCCUCCGCGUUCGACAGGAUCCUGGCCAGCCGCAUGGGGGUGGCGGCCGUCAUCGCCCUGCUGGAGGCCACCCCCGAGACACCGCCCUGCGUCGUGUCGCUGAGCGGGAACCAGGCCGUGCGCCUGCCGCUGAUGGAGUGCGUGCAGAUGACCCAGGACGUUCAGAAGGCCAUGGACGAGGGGAGAUUUAAGGACGCCGUGCGGCUCCGGGGGAGGAGCUUCGAGAACAACCUGAACACCUACAAGCGUCUCGCCAUCAAGCUGCCGGACGAUCAGAUCCCCAAGAGCAAUUGCAACGUGGCCAUCAUCAACGUGGGUGCGCCCGCGGCGGGGAUGAACGCGGCUGUGCGUGCAGCCGUGCGUGUGGGCAUCGCCGACGGCCACAGGAUGCUCGCGAUCUACGACGGCUUCGACGGCUUCGCCAAAGGCCAGAUCAAAGAAAUCGGCUGGACAGACGUUGGCGGCUGGACAGGGCAAGGCGGGUCCAUUCUCGGCACAAAACGGGUUCUACCGGGGAAGUAUCUGGAGGCGAUCGCCGCGCAGAUGCACACGCAUAGCAUCCACGCCCUGCUCAUCAUCGGGGGGUUCGAGGCCUACCUGGGACUCCUGGAACUGUCCGCAGCCCGGGAGAAACACGAGGAGUUCUGUGUCCCCAUGGUCAUGGUUCCCGCCACCGUCUCCAACAACGUGCCCGGCUCCGAUUUCAGCAUCGGGGCGGACACGGCCCUGAACACGAUCACCGACAACAACGUGGAGCACCUGACGGAGAAGAUGAAGACCACCAUCCAGAGGGGCCUCGUGCUCAGAAACGAGAGCUGCAGCGAAAACUACACCACGGACUUCAUCUACCAGCUGUACUCGGAGGAGGGCAGAGGCGUGUUCGACUGCAGGAAGAACGUGCUGGGCCACAUGCAGCAGGGUGGCGCACCGUCUCCGUUCGACAGAAACUUCGGAACCAAGAUCUCCGCCAGAGCCAUGGAGUGGAUCAGCGCGAAGCUGAAGGAGUGCAGAGGAAAGAGAUUUGUUACCGACGAUUCCGUUUGUGUGCUGGGAAUAAGCAAAAGAAACCUCCUCUUUCAACCCGUGGCAGAGCUGAAGAAGGAAACGGACUUUGAGCACCGGAUCCCCAAGGAGCAGUGGUGGCUGAAGCUGCGGCCGCUCAUGAAGAUCCUGGCCAAGUACAAGACGAGCUACGACGUGUCCGACGCAGGCCAGAUGGAGCACGUGUACUACCGCGGCACGCAGGGGGAGCCCGCAGCCAUCUGACCCUGGGCUGCCACCCCAGCCCACGUGUCUCGUGAGGCCUGGAACCCACUGGGGACCGUCCUUUUUGUGACAUUAAGUUAUUUAUCAGCACUUUAUGUGAGUAUUGUUGACAUUAGUGCCUAACCCGAGAGCACCCAUCUUUCUUCUCCCAAACCCCCCCACGCCCUCCCCUGUGAGCUGUCCACUGUCCUCACAUACCAUGCUUCGGAAUGUGUGUCUGUCUAGCAGAUUAAACACUGGGCUAAA